AUGGGUGGCAACGAUUUCGUGUACAAUGCAGAGCAUCGCGUUGUGGUGUGUCAGGAGUGCGGAACAUGCCUCGCGCCCGGCGGACGGAAAAACUGGGAAUCUCACCUGCGCAAGAAACCGCAUUACAUGAUGGGCGAGCAGCUGCGCGGAACGAUUGAGUUGCUGUCGACGUACGACCUGCGGGGAGCGGAGGAAUUGCGCCAGCAGCGACCUCAUAGAAGAAGGCCAUGCGAAAUAAUCGACGGGUUGACGGAGUACGGUGGCUUCAUCUGCAUGUGCGACGUCGAGAGGUGCGACUUUGUAACGACACGGCUAGAAUUGAUGCACGAUCAUAUGCCCAGGCACGGGAGAACAGCAUCACAGAACAGGGAAGGCAGCCCCUUGUGGGAGGCGUGCCGCCUGCAGACGUAUCUCACUGCGAAGGGUCGGAUCGACUACUUCACCGUUAAAGGCUCAUCAGACAGCGGACGAGACAGUAAUAACGACAACACUCCGCCAUUAGGAAGGGGUAUAGCGCAACCACUCCUGUACACGGGACCGCCACCGUCAGCUGCGGAAGAGACACUCUUUGACGGUUUAAGGGGUGACCUACGGGAAGCAGCGCGCGAUCUGGAAGAUAAAGCGGCAGUCGUUGAGGAUGCCGGGCGCGAUCGAGCAGAUCGGCAGCCGUGGCUGGUCCACACGGGGUUUCCGACCCACCUUCGGGGCCUCUUAAACACGGAGAUCUGGUCCUCCUUUAAGCUGCCUAAAAAGAAAAACAUGUUAUUCCAAAGCGGACGGACGAAGGUUGAAGAAAAGACUGACGACCACGGGAUCGAUGUUGCGGGCGACGACGGUGAGGACGAGGGAGAGGAAGAAGAUCUGAGGCGCAUCCUAACUGCAGCGGAUGCCCUAUUUGAGAGCGCGUACACGUUGGUAUCAGACCGGUCACCGAAUCGGAAGAUGACGCAACAACGCGCCCAAAUCUUGAGCGACUUCGCGUGGGGUGCUGGCAAGAAGGGCAAGGAUACGGCCUUCCGUCGCUUCAAGAACCCAUCAUCGCUUGCAGAAUAUUUCAGGACAAUGAAGCAGCUGCUAGUAUACUACUAUAGGGUGGUAUACUGCGAGGACGGGCAUUUUAGCCGGCCCCAAGAGGUGGGCCGAGAGGAGGAUGAUAAUGAUGACGAGGAGGCUGAUGAAGAUGGGCAUGCGCAUGCAACUGAGGCGGUGAUAUUUCCACAAGACGUUAUCGAGCCGACAGGUGAGCAGCAGGAGGCCAUGACGGAGAUGUUUAGAGCGCUGCGGGAAGAAGACCACCAAGGAACAAGAGGAGGGUUAGGGGAGGAGAGGCGAAGGAAAGACGGCAAUAGUAACGACGGCAAGAAUCAUUAUUAUGAUCACCAUGACUCGAGAUUGGCCUGCGCAAUCCGCCGGUUUUAUAUCGGGCUAAUUUGUCACGAGGUCGGGAGCGUGCCUUUCCGGUCGCCAGUGAUUAGUUUUUGCGCCAUGCUAAGCCGGGUGACACACAAGGACAAGAGCUAUUACGAGAGGGAGAGGAGGAGAAAGAGGGAGACCAAGAGCAGGCGCAGCGUUAAGAACGGCAAGUCAGAUGGUGAGGCCAAACCACCACCUGGGCAGGAGCAGUUUGGCGUCUGGGCCAAGCCGGGAAACUACACCAGUAACUUAUCAAAACUGGUGUGGGUGGCGCAACUCCUGAUUUUCGAAACUGCAUGCUUCUACAAGAGACAUCAAGAGGAAGACAUUCCGGCGACUCUGGAAAAGAUAUGCAGGGACUUCAUGCACCAGAAGAGGGAAACGGCGUUCGGCUAUAUCUUGCAGUGGCGGCUGUACCUCAGAACGGUGGCACAAGCGGCCAUCACCAGUGACCAGGCGCGGUGGUCACUAGAUGGCCAGGAGAUUGACUUUCGGGGCAUUAAGCUUCGUAUGGAGCAUGUACCGCAGCUCGUCGUAUCAGAGUACAGGAGGGCCCGUAGCCUUCUGUACGAUAAGCUUAUGUUCGGGGCGAAGGACGUCCCAUCGAUCGAGGCAUGGAUGUUACAUGACGACCUGGAUGCGGAGGACCGCGGAGGGUCAUGGUUGACGGACGAGAGAAAUGCAGAGUACCUCCGAGGAACACAGGACGCCCUGCUCCGGCAGGUCGAGCAACGAGCAGACUUGCGACAAGCAUUUGUGCGCGAUGACCAAGGCAGGACUGGAGGGAAAACACUAUGCAGCCAGGCCAUGGCUGUUUAUGAGUGCGAGGCACAAGAGUUUCUCAAAUCAAUGAUCACGCUGUUGCAUGUUCCGCCAGCACCUCCGUUGCGGGCGCCGGAGCUGCUGACCACGACGUAUGCCAACGGCGGCGGACGGCGCCGCAGCAUGCUCAUCUGGGAGAAGAUGCUCUUCAUGUACGUGCGAUAUCACAAAAGCCAGGAACAGACAGAAGAGGAAAGAGACAAUAUCCGGUUCGUGCCGUCACGGAUCGCGGACCUGCUGGUCACGUUCCUGGCGAUCGUGCAGCCGCUGCGGCAGACAUUUCUUCGCCAGGCCCGCCCUCGAGCCCUUCUGUCGACCUAUCUAUGGUCGACAUUGGACGGCGACGUUUGGCGGGAUGACCUUGUUUCGAAGUAUCUCAGCCAGGCAUGUCUGCGCGCCGAGGUGCCCGAGUUUAAGGUGGCCUGGUGGCGACAGGCAGCUGCGUCCAUUACAAAGGAGAAAUUCACACCCAAGGAGCAGGCCAACUUUAACAUGGAGGAUGUCACGGCAUCGGAGGUAAUCGAUGAGGAGGAGCUCUUGGUGGACCUGGCCGUGGCGAGCAACCAUGCGUUCAAGACCUUUAACCAAAUGUAUGCAGGCUCGUCCACGCUUGUUAUGAACACGCCACUGCACCGCGCGCACCGAGCCUCGCGGAGCUGGCGGGAGCUUUUCCGGAUCGACGAGCACUUGUCACGGGAGGAGGCCGCCGGUGAUGGCGGCAAACGCCUGCGCUCGGGUACGGACAUGGACAUGGUGCAAAUGUGCAAGAGGACAAAGCUGCGCACAAGGCCCCUUGGGAAGGUGAGUGACCUAGAAGCGGUAGCACGCGCGCUCUACAACAACCCCAGUCUGCGCUUUCGGCGACCAGGACAGCGCAAUGCCAUGUUGGCGACGAUGGGUCGUCACGCAGCGGAACAGGUCGUAGUCGUGCUAGCCACGGGUUCCGGCAAGACGCUGAUUGCGAUGGUCGGCGCGGCGCUGGACGGCGCUGGCACGACGAUUGUGGUACUGCCCGCGGUGGCGCUCAGAGAAAACAUGCUUGACCGGCUCGGGAAGGUUGGUAUUAAGACUAUCGUGUGGGAGCCGGGCCAGCUGAAGUCGGCACCUCUUGUGAUAGUAUCGGCCGAGGCAGCGUGCACAAUAACCUUUCUUGACUACGCCCAACGCCUCCAGUCGAGGCAGCGGCUGGACCGGGUCAUCAUCGACGAGUGCCAUCUCACCAUCACCGCAGCAUACCGAAAGAGCAUGAAGAAGCUUGGGUCGUAUGUGCGACAAAUCGCAACGCAGACGGUCUGGAUGACAGCAACGCUUCCGCCGAGCUUGGAGAGCGUCUUCAUACAGCAGAACCGUCUGGUGCAGCCACGCAUGGUGCGAGAGUCAACAAACCGAGCCAACAUUCGGUACAUCGUGCAGCGGUUCAAGGGCUUGGAUGGGCUGUGCAGCAGGGCUGCCGAGCUGGUGCGCGUGCUAAUAGGCAGGAUAACGGACAGGGACGAAGACGGAGACGACGACAUUGUUGGCAAUAAUAGUCACAAGACCAACAGUAACGGCAAGGUGACUGGCGGCAGGAUGUCCAGGAUCAUUGUAUACUGCCAGACGCUGGACCUCAUGGAGGAGCUCGCAAAGGAGCUGGACUGUCCGAUGUACACAGGAGACGAAGAGACCAUGAGUGACGGAGAGAAGGACCUUGCCAUUGAGAAGUGGCGGGGUUCAUCUGGAAGCCCGGUGAUCGUAGCAACUGCUGCACUUGGCGUCGGGUUCGACUAUCCGGAGGUGCGGUGGGUGGUGCACGCCGGCGCGCCGCGGUCCAUGACGGCGUUCUCGCAGGAGUCCGGCCGUGCAGGGCGGGACAACAAGCCUGCAGAGUCAAUCACCCUGAUAAGCGAGGCGUGGCAGCCGCGCAGGGCCGGCCAGGAGCCCAAAGACUUGGAUGAAGAGAUGAUGCAGCUGUACCUGACACAGCAGCACUGCUCACGGGCCGUGAUGAGCCAGUUCCUGGACAAGAGAUCGGACUGGAGGUGGUGCAUGGAAGGCGAAGAUGAGCUGUGCGCGGUGUGCCCCAGGCCUCAUGCAGAACGACGGCCGGCGAAUCUCGAGCUGGGCUUACCAUCGCCGAAAAUACCACAGCCAGCCACCACGGAUGAGGGCAGCGACGACGACAACGUUGAAGGCGAGGACAAAUGGGAAAUCGUGGCCGCAAGAGAGAUGGUCUACACCGGUCCCGACGAGGUCCUUCGUCAGGCUAGGGUUCACAACGAGGUUCUAAGACGGUUUGAGCAAGACUUGGAGAUAAUGCGCGGAUGUUGCCUUCUUUGUCGCGUGCGGGAAGGUAGACCGUUUGACCACAGCGCUACGAGUUGCGGCCAUCGCUGGCCUUGGAUCAAGGCAAAGAAAAAGGUCAUACAGGCGUGUGAGAAGGAGGGCAAGCAGUGGAUGGAGGAUUUCACGGCAUGCUUUAUGUGUUAUCUUCCGCAGACAAUUUGCCGCAGAGCGGACCCAGAGGCCGAGCCUGGCGUGGAUGGCGAGGAAGGGUUGAGGGAAUGCCGGUUCCGAGACAUGAUCAUGCCGCUAUGCUACGGCGCUUUCUUCCAGGCCGGGUUGAGAGCGCUGAUCAAGAAGCAUUUUCCGCAUCAGACGUUCCGCGAUGUUGACGAAUACAUGCGGUGGCUAGGGAAGUCAGCAACUCUAGGCGAUAUAGAAUGCAUCCAGGCAGUCUCUGUUGCGGCCAAGCUAUUAGACGAGAUCCGAUAA